AUGGGUAAAACAUCGAAGGAUCAGCGAGAUAUCUAUUAUCGAAUGGCUAAGGAGCAAGGAUGGAGAGCAAGAAGCGCUUUCAAACUUCUUCAGAUUGAUGACGAGUUCAGAAUUCUUGAAAAUGUUACAAAAGUCGUUGAUUUAUGUGCUGCUCCGGGCAGUUGGAGUCAAGUGCUGUCGAAACGUCUUCUGGAGAACGCCAACGAUCCGAGUGAAGUGAAAAUCGUCGCUGUUGACUUACAGCCGAUGUCCCCUAUUAAUGGCGUGGUUCAGAUUCGAGGUGACAUCACAGAUGUGGCGAAGAAGAUCACUGAGGUUUUUGGAGCGCUUGCUGAUUUGGUGGUUUGUGAUGGAGCACCUGACGUUACUGGUCUUCACUCCUUAGAUGAGUAUAUGCAGUCGCAAUUGGUACUGGCAGCGCUGAACAUCACAACAAACAUCCUUAAAAUAGGCGGCUCAUUUGUUGCAAAGAUUUUUCGUGCUCGAAACAUUUGUUUACUGUACGCACAGUUGAAAGUAUUCUUCAAAGAGGUGUACUGUGCGAAACCGAAAAGCAGUCGACUUAGCAGUUGUGAAGCGUUCGUUGUAUGCAGAGGAUACUCCCCUCCUGAUGGAUUUGAACCAACCUUAGAACGUCCGCUGUUUUCUGACUAUCGCGGUGCAUCUUCGGAUACACUGCGUGGUGUCAAUCGCGUUAUCGUUCCUUUUGUUGUUUGUGGUGAUUUAAGUGGAUUUGACAGCGAUGGACACUACAGCCUUAAUUUACCUAAUGCUCCUCCCGGGACCGUAAAAUCAGAGUUAGUUCUCUUCCUUCUUUUUUUAAAUAUGUUUCAUCUUAGUUCCUUACUUACUUACUUACUUACUUACUUGGAUAAUUGGAUGGCUCGCCUUCACUAG